AUGAAUAGAUUAUUAUCAGAAGAAAGAGAGUAAAAAAUAGAAAUUAUAAAAUUUUUAUAAGAAAACUAAUUUCAAAUUAAGCUUCUGAUAAAAACGAGUUACUUUAAUAGUCUAUCUCUGCAUUUUUUUUAGAAUCAUCAUUAAUUUAAAUUUAAAUUUUAUUUUUUUCUUCUAAGUUUUUUUUACUCUUUUCUUGAUUUUACUACUAUUAAAGUUUUGCUUUAUUACUAUUUGUGUUUUUUUAUAUUUCAACUUUUUCUUCAAUUACAACCUCAUUUUCAUAAGUUGUAUUACUUUUUAUUUUAAAGGUAUCUUUGCCCUUGUUAUUAAAUAUAUAAAAACCAAACUCUUGACCUUUGGUAUAAAUAACUUUGUAAUUCUAUAUUAAUAAUCUAUUAAGGUAUAACCUGCUUUUAAAUCUUGAAUUGUUCUUUAAACAUUCUUUAUAGAAAAACUCUGAAAAAUAUUUGA